AUGAAGACCUUUAUCAAGACUGUUUUGGGUUAUGAUCCCGACAAUGUAGAUCUGGAGGGUGGUGCGCUUGGUGUGGUACAAGCUUAUUAUGGAUGUGUUGAAGCCCAAGGCAGAGGUACUCUUCACUGCCACAUGCUCGUAUGGGUUGAAGGUGGUUUGAAUCCCAAUAAAAUCAGGGAUUGUGUAAUGAAAGACGAUGAAAAUGAGUUUAGGAAGAGACUUGUGGAAUUUUUGGACGAUACCAUUUCUACAUGCAUACCGGAUCCCCCGCCAGUCAGAGUUAAGGUACCUUCGUCAAAGUAUCACCUGAGUUCUGUCCGAGGCAUCCAGAAUUCAGUUCUGUCGGAUAUGCGUGAUCAUACAAUUCAACAAGAUUUUCGAAACCUGGUAGUGAAGUCUCAGUUGCACAAACAUUCCAAUACAUGCUAUAAGUAUUGUAAGGGGACGUCUCUGGAGUGUCAUUUUGAACUUGGCGAGGACAAGCGACAUCCAGAAACAAUCGUCAAUCGUGAAACCGGAGAAAUUCACCUGCAACGGCUUGAUGGGUGGGUCAACAAUUUCAAUGAGACGAUGAUUAGGAGUAUUCGAUGUAACAUGGAUAUAAAAUUCAUAGGGUCAGGUGCAUCCACGAAAGCUGUGCUAUACUAUAUCACAGAUUAUAUUACGAAGUCUAGAUUGAAGGCUAAUGUGGCUUACGCAGCUUUAGAGUUAUCAGUAAAGAAGCCGGGACAAUUCGAUCUGAACGAGGAUAGUGUGACUAUCCGAGCGAAGUGUUUGCUGCAAAGGUGCGCAUACUCCAUGAUAUCAAAGCAGGAGUUGUCAGGACAAGAGGUUGCCAUGUAUCUUUCCGGAUUCCAGGAUCAUUACACCAGCCAUUUGUUUCGCAAUGUUUACUGGGCUAAUUUCGAGAAGGCAGUUGAUACCAUGGAUCUGUCUCCUGAAUGC